AUUAAUAAUGAUGAGAAUAUUUUGUAAUUUUUUAAAAUAGUUUUUUGAUUUAACCAAUACAUAUUUAUUGAUUUUUUUAAAUCAAUAUAUAGAGUAAUAUUUAUUAAUGAUUUUUAGACACCCAAAUGGACCCAUGUAAAUUGGAAAUUCAGGAAAAAAGAUCCGCUUUUGGGAAAAAGCUCACUUUAUACUAGAAGGGCAAAAAGGUUGAGGGCAGUAUCGUAAUUACACACCCCAAACGCCCCCUCGUGUACCGAGUUUCGCCCUCGUUUUCUGCCCCCAAUUUUACCAACUAUUUACAGCUUUGCCAUCCUUAAACCCCCAUUGAUUAUUUUGUCUUCAAAACACUGCAAAUUGCAACAGCAAAGAAAAAGGGACCCUGCUUCUCCAUUAAUCAAACAAAGCAAACCACCCUCUCUCUCUCUCUCUCUCUCUCUCACACACACACACUCGCGCACACACACGAGUGAAAAAAAGUUGCAGGAAUUCAUACGGAGAGGGCGGGAGAGGGAAAACGGAGGUAAAGCGCAAACGGACGGCGAAUUGAAGAACAAAGUGAUUGGUGAUGCUGCUGGCGGCGGGGGAUUUUUCUCUGGAGCUGAUUGUGCGUGUUUGAAGGUAAUGUGCGUGUUUCUUCUCACUGUAAAAAAAAUUGUUUCAAUGGAGAUAAUUAUAGCACAAUCUUCGUUCGGUGUGUGGUGGAUUAUUGCAUGCAUUUGAAAAUCUGUGUUGAAUUUUUGCAAUGUGGUAACUUCAUGUCGAAAUUCCGUGAUUUGUGUUUGAUUUACUGUGCAAUCCUAUUUAGUUGGGGUUGACUCGAAUACUGGAGGAAUUGUUUUGAAUUUUCAUCAGCAUUGGCUGUUGCAUAGCUGUAGGUUUCUAUUGAUUAGUUGCCAUUUGCUGAUUGACUAACCAUGACUACGUAUUUUUUCGUAUUUUUCGGAUAGAUUUUUUCGAAUUUAUUUAUGCACGACGUGAGAACGGGAUGCUAGUAAUAAGUGGAUAAGAGUCGAAUUAAAUGAGCUAUAAAAGUGGUGCGAAUUAUUUCAGAAAAUUAAUUCAGAAAAUUAUCCGUUCGGUACAUUAAAUGCCGAAACAAUGCCGUUGUUCGGGACAACGAAAAACAGUGAAUGCAAAUAAUAUUGGAAAUGUUUAUUUAUUUGGUUAGCUCUUUUUUUUUGUGUGUCUAUGAGCUUGUGAUUGGUUUAAAUGACUAUGAGGUGUCUCUGACUAGGCCUAGUGUAUGAGUCUGUGAUUAGGUUACUGUUUUCUAGAUCCUCGGGAAUGUCGAAAUUUCCAUUAUACUCAAUCAUCCAUUUUCGUUAAAGAGCGUGAUUUUCUGAAAAGGGUAACUAUUUAUUGGCUUAUGUACUUGAUCAAAUUGAUUUUCCAGAUAAAUUGAUCAAUGUGGUUAUUCCUUCCAGAAAAAAAUGCAACAAGCUUCAAUGGAUAAUGACUUGACUGUAGUUCAGCAAAUUACAUUUGGUCGCCUGAAGGGAAUUCAUCUCAGAAUCUUAUCCGAUGAAGAUGCCGAAAAGAUGUCUGCAAUUGUCGUUGGAACAGUGAAUGAAGUGUCUGAUGCGGCACUGGGGCUUCCUACUCAAUAUGCUACAGAAUGCGCGACAUGCGGUGCCAAAAAUUCAAGGGAUUGUGAAGGGCAUUUUGGUUUGAUCAAAUUCCCCUUUACGAUUCUAAAUCCUUAUUACAUGUCCGAAGUUUCACAAAUUCUUAAUAAAAUCUGCCCGGGAUGUAAAACUUUUCGGCAUAGUAAAACCAAGAAUGCCGAUUCUUCAUCAGCUCAUAAUCAGUCGAGGAAUUGCAGAUAUUGUAGUGGAAAAUCCAAAGAUGGGUAUCCAAAGAUGACAUUUAGAGUAUCCUCAAAAGACGUGUUUGCAAAGAGUGCAAUAAUUGCGGAAGUGAAAGAAAUAUUGGUGAAUAAGUGCUCCAGUGGAAAUCUGGCUUAUGAUUAUUGGGAUGUAAUACCUAAAGAUUCAGCCGUCGAACAUGCUGUCUUACCACCAAACAGAAGGGUUCUAUUGCCUGCUCAAGUCUAUAACAUUUUGAAAGAUGUAUGCCCCACGACUUUGCAAGGACUUCUCAAACGGAAAAACUCAAUCUUUCUCAACUCUUUGCUUGUGACUCCAAAUAGCCAUCGGGUGCGAGAAUUUGGUCAGCGAAUAACUAUUGAUGAGUUAACAAGGAUGUAUAGAAAGUUGGUGGAUUUUAGAGGUUCCCCAAAUGAGCUGACUGCUCGUGUUCUUGACAGAUAUAAACUUUCCAAGAUACGCUCUGAAAAGGUGUCCUCAAUGCAGAAAGAAUACGAGAGGCAGUCAUUGAAUGAUUCCGCUUCCAGUUCCUCAGCCUUAAAAAAUAUCAAGGAACUGGUACUUGCAAAGCGGACAGAUAAUUGUUUCCGCAUGGUCGUUGUUGGCGAUCCUAGAAUUAGAGUAGAUGAGAUUGGCUUGCCCUCUCAUGUUGCAGAGAAUAUGUUAAUCGCAGACCAUAUAAACUUGUGGAAUUGGGAUAAGCUAGAAGUAUGCUGUGACUUUAUGCUUUGUCAUAAGGGAAACUUCUCAAUUCUUAGGAAUGGUGAGAGGAUUACUAUAUGGUCCAAGGACAUGUUGCGGACGGGAGAUUCUUUACGCAGGCCCCUCAUCGACGGAGAUAUUGUUUUGGUUAAUAGGCCUCCAUCUAUCCAUCAGCACUCCUUGAUUGCUUUGUCCGUGAAGAUUCUCCCAACAACAUCUGUUGUCUCAAUCAAUCCACUCAUCUGUUCCCCAUUCAGAGGGGACUUUGACGGAGAUUGUCUUCAUGGUUAUGUCCCACAGUCUGUCAACUCCAGAGUUGAGCUUCAAGAGCUUGUCUCUUUGGAUAAGCAGUUGGUCAAUGGGCAGAGCGGUCGGAACCUGUUGUCCCUAGCCCAGGAUAGUCUAACUGCUGCACAUCUUAUCUUGGAAGAUGGUGUGAUCCUGAAUAAGACCGAGAUUCAGCAGCUGCAAAUGUUUUCUUCUUCUUGUAUGCCGAUAUUGCCUGCUCUUAUCGACUCUGCUUCGCGGACUAAUUUUUGGACUGGAAAGCAAGUGUUUGGCCAUCUUUUGCCACCUGAGUUUUCCUAUGCAUCUAAUUCUGCACAUGUUAUGAAUGGUGAGGUAUUGUCUUCUUCUGGAUCGUCUUGGCUGAAUGAUACCAGUGAAAACCUCUAUCAAUGCCUUGUCAGAGAUUUCCCCGACAGAGCUCUUGGUUUUUUUGAUGCUGCACAGGAAGUUCUUUGUGAGUGGAUCGCAAGAAGGGGAUUGAGUGUGUCAUUAGCAGAUCUUUACCUGUCUUCUGAUCAACAUUCGAGGAAGAAUCUCCUCGACGAGAUAUUUUACGGUCUUCAAGAAGCAAAGAUGUUAUCAGAUAUCAGUUCACUUAUGGUGGAUUGGAACCAAGAUUUCCUUGUUGAAUGCCCUGAAGAGGUAGGCAUGGAAAAUCUUCUGACAGAGCAGAUGCUAAUUGGUCAACAAACUAAAGCCGAAAUUUUUCAAGCUUCAGUUUCUGUCUCCAAGUCAGUUGUCCGGGAUAUACAAAAUCUUGCUUACAAAUACCCCAGCAAGAACAAUUCGUUCAUAGCUAUGCUGAAGGCUGGGAGCAAAGGGAAUUUGGCAAAACUAUUCCAGCAAAGCUUGUGUCUGGGUUUGCAGCACACGCUAGCUCCAGUUUCCUUUUCGAUUCCCCGUGACCUUACUUGUGCUUCGUGGAACUAUCAGAAGGGUAAUUCAGGUGUCCACAAUUUCAAUGGUUAUCCAGAAGUAUCGGAAUCCUACAUACCGUGUGCCUUGGUAUCUAGCUCCUUCCUUGCAGGUCUAAAUCCUCUGGAAAAUUUUGUACUUUCGUUGACCGCACGAGAUAGUUCUUUCAGUGGCCAUGCAGAUGUCUCUGGGACUAUAACUAGAAGAAUAAUGUAUUUCAUGCGAGAUAUAAUAAUUGGUUACGAUGGAACAGUUAGAAGUUCUUAUGGAAACCAAGUCGUGCAGUUUAAUUACUGCACCAAAGAAAUGUCUGCAGCUGAUAGUGAUGCUGCUGUGGGUGGACAUCCUGUUGGUGCGUUGGCUGCUUGUGCUAUUUCAGAAGCUGCAUACAGUGCUUUGGAUCAGCCAGUUAGUGCACUGGAACCAUCCCCUUUGCUAGCUAUGAAGAAAAUCUUGGAAUGCGGAGUGAAAAAGAACACUGGCUAUAAAAGUGCAUCCCUAUUUUUGUCCAGAGCACUUGGAAGAUGGACAGAUGGUUUGGAGUAUGGAGCUAAAGAAGUCAAAAGUCAUUUGGAAUGCAUAGUUUUCUCAGAUGUAGUUUCGGAAACAAGGAUAUGCUACUCCAGUCAGACAAACAGCAGCAAUAGCAUUAGUCCCUGGGUUUGUCAUUUUCAUAUAAACAAGGAAGUUGCGAGGAAGAGACAGCUGCAAAUCCGGUCUGUUAUUAAUGCACUUUAUACGAAUAGUAAAUUCAGUGGAGUAAACUUGAAAAUAAAUCUUCCCAAGUUGCAGAUAACAAGCAGGCUUUGUUCUGAGGCUGACAUUUGCAAUCAAUCCGACUCCAUAAUUUGCAUCUCGGUUUCAUUAAUUGAAACCUUUAGAGAAUUCUCGGACCUGGAUAUUCUUCGUGACAUGGUGAUGCCAGUCAUUCUUCAGACUGUGAUAAAAGGAUUUCGGGAAUUUAAGAAGGUUGAUAUCUUAUGGAAAGACGACCCAAAACAUCCAAAAUUUUCGAGAAGCCCUCCUGGUAAACCCUUUUUACGGGUUGUCAUGUCGGAAUACUGUGAGAGGACCAAAUUCUGGAGCAUCCUAAAAGACAAGUGUCUUCCAAUAAGAAAUAUAAUUGACUGGAAGCAGAGUCACCCAGAUGAUAUUCUUGAUAUUAGCGAAGCGUAUGGAGUCGAUGCCGCAUGGCAAUGUUUUGUCACUAGUUUGCAUUCUGCCAUCAGUGGAACUGGAAAGCCCAUCCUUCCAGAACAUUUAAUUCUCACCGCCAAUUGCCUCUCGGCUACAGGGGAAUUUGUGCCGUUAAAUGCAAAAGGGCUGGCGCUACAAAGAAAGGAAGCUAAUGUUCAUUCGCCCUUCAAUCAAGGCUGCCUUUCGAACCCCAGCGAUUGCUUCCUAAAAGCGGCCAAGAUGGGACAAAUGGAUGGUCUUCAAGGAAGUCUCGAGGCUCUUGCAUGGGGACAAACUCCUCCAAUUGGAACUGGUUGUCGAUUUGAUAUUGUGUAUAAUGGCAAGGGACAUAUUCCUGCUAAGAAUGCAGAUGUUUAUUCUUUGUUGAGCACACAUGCCGAGCGUGCUAAACCAAAUGCUAUGCCGAAGCAAGUCUCUGGGAUCUCUAUUUCUUCGUAUCAUUUCAACACAAAGGGGUGUAAGACUUUGCUUAGAAGAAUGGUCUCCCAGAAUUUCUCUAUGGUUGGAAUACAGAAAAUUUCACAGAGAUUGAAGCGUAUGCUAAAACAGUAUCCGAUGAACAGCCAGCUAACUGGGGAAGAUAGGUCGACUGCAAUUCGGGCUCUACAGUUUCAUCCCCAAUGGAAAGACAAGAUUGGAUCUGGUGUCUCUGAGAUAAAGGUUGGGCGUCACCCUGAACACAAAGAAACAUGUUUUUUUCUGGUAAGAACAGAUGGAACAGAAGAGGACUUCUCGUACAACAAAUGUAUUCGUCACGCUCUGGAAAUAAUCGCCCCCGAGAAAGCAAAAGGUUACCGGUCUAGAAAGGAAAAUGUGGUCCGGAAUCAAGUAAUCGAACUGGAUUGAUUUUUACGAAUAAUUUUGGCUGUGCAGAAAAAUACUCUACAGACUACAUAUCAAAUUAUUAUUAUUCUGCAGAUUUUCUUUUCUUUCGUUGUUGUAACUUCUAGAAAAAAAAUAAAGUUGUAAUUUGGAUAGCCGAAGCUUCUUUUUGCUAUUUCUACUAAAGGUUCUUCGCCCGAUUUGGGCCAAGAAGAUUUAGUGGAAGUCGCAACGGGAAAGCUUUCAAGGGCUAUCCAUUUUCAUGUUGUAAUUCUUAUUUUUCUGCUAAUUUGUAUUUUGUAUUAGUGUAACCCAUAACACAACCCAUGUCAUUCCAACAAGUUCUAGUCUUAUAAAUUAUUUCCCCUCUUUC